AUGUUGUCAAGACACAUACCCAAUGUCACUCAAGUAUCAACUACAAUCUCCAAAAGAACAUUCAUAAUCUCCACUUUGGCAACUUUAACAAACUCUCAAUAUUUCAAGAAUAUUCAAUUGGCUGAUGAGAUUGAAGAUAUUCAUAAUAAGUUACCAUUCCCACAAAUGGAUGAAUUUAUUCAGCAAGCAAGAGAACCAUUACACGAGGAUCGUAAAUUUCCAGAUGGUCGUAUCAAAUUAAAUUCAUUGGAACAAAGUUCAAUAUUCUUGAUUAGUGGGAUAAGUGCACUUUUAAAUCCUGCUAAUGGAACUCAUAUUAAUAAUUUUGGUGAAGUUUCAUCAUUUGAAUUUGUUUUAAAAAAUUUGAGAGACCAAAUGUUACAAACUUCAACAGGAAGAUCUAUACUUAGAGAAAGACCUUUAAUGAAUAAUGAAACAUUAGAUCCAGAAUGGUUGAAAACAUUACCAGAAAAUUCUUUAGGUUUCCAAUAUUUGAAAUUUACAGAAGAUGGUGAUUCAAGAGCACCUGUUAAAUUGAUCCAAGAUGAAGAAUUAGCAUAUGUAUUCUUAAGAUAUAGACAAACUCAUGACAUUGUUCAUAUAUUGACGAAAUCUAAAAUUGAUUUAGCUGGUGAAUUACCUGUUAAGGCAUUUGAAUUUGGUAAUACCGGAUUACCAAUGACAGGAUUAGCAUGUUUUGCAUGGUUUAAAUUAAGUGAUAAACGUAAAGCUCGUAUUAAUAUGUUUGACUCAUUUUUGAAUGGAUUACAAUCAAAACCUUUUAUUGGUGUAAAAUGGGAAGAUUUCAUGGAAUGGGAUGUUGAAGAUGUUAGAAAAGAAUUAGGUGUUAUUCCACAAAAUUAA